AUGUCAUUAAUUAUUUGGCUUUGGUAUGAUGGGUCACAAGAUGAUUAUAUAGUAGUUGUAGCAUAUAAGGGUAAAGACGGCGAGAACUAUUUUGAUCUGUGUUGUUUGAGAAGCAAUUCAUGGAUUAAUCUUGAUGCUGCACUUCCCAAAUCAUUGUAUUGGGAUGAUUGGAAACCCAUGCUAAGGGGUUGUUCUGAAAGAAGUUUCUCCAAGAUAUCUGUGCCAAUAGAAAGAGACCUAUGUAAACCCCGUCUCGUCCUGUUAGGAGGGUGCUUAGCCUUGUAUGUGUAUGAAGAGAAUACAACUGAAAUAUGGGUGAUGAAAGAAUAUAAAGUGCAGUCGUCUUGGACCCUCUAUGAGAUUCCGCUUGGAUCCUUUAAGCCUAUGUGCUUAUCUGCUAAUGGGGAUAUUAUUGGAAGAUGUUAUCCUUCAGAUGGUGAAAUAGAGUUCUAUAUAUACAAUGUCAGAGGAGAGCCGCUCAAACAUGUUCAAUAUGUUCUUUAUGGUGAGCCUUCCAACCACAUGAGGUCCGUUGUGCAUGUGGACUGUCUCAUGGCAGUCCCUAGCAACAUCAAGCAGAAGAAGAGAAAAAAGGGCUCUCAGAAUCACAAACAGGUCAAACAAGGGAAGGAAAGUAGGAGUAAAUACGGGAACAACUUGGACACUUGA